AAAAAACGCAGAAGGAAAUCAACACGCUGGAGUCUUGGUUUAAUGUAUGAGCUGUGGAUUAUACUGUUCCAGUUUCACCUCACCUGACGCACAGGGCGAACGCCGGGUCCCGGGAUUUGUCUUUGCGGAUUAAACUCUGUCAGCAGCUGACAGCUUCCCAGGAACAUGCAGGAUCUACUGUUCUGACCAGCAGCGGCUCAACAAGUAGAGCACUGGACAGCUGACAGGGGUUGUGGUCAAACUCCCUGACUGCGUUUGUGUGUGCAGCUGCAGUCUGGAUGUAAGAUUGGGUCAGCGCUUGAGUCGGUUACCCUGCUUCAGUGUGCGAUGUGUGGGUCCUCUAUCCCGCUGCGUCUGCUGCUCUGGAUCGUAGGAGCAGCUGUCUCUACGACGCAAGGUAAGGUUUUAGCUCCCGCUAAUCUGACCGUAGAGGCAGGUCAUCCCUUACUGCUCGGCUGCAACAUCACUACGGAGCCAGGUGAUACGGUCUACCAAGUGCGCUGGCUCAACAAGCACAACGACCUCAUUCUGGCAUACGAACAGAUGGUGUCGCCCCGCAUCAGUCACCAAGACCAAAAUGUGCAGCUGACUGUCUCCCAUCACAACGCUAGCUACAUAACAUUCAAGAAAGUGCAGGCUGCUGACAGCGGCUGCUACCACUGCAUCUUUGAUGUUUACCCCAAGGGCACGCAACAAGGCUUGGCGUGCUUCAAUAUCAUCGGAAAAGUGCGUUUCGAUGGCAAUAAGACAGCCAUAAGUGGAAAGCCGACCACCCUUUCAUGCUGGUAUAGCCUCCCUGGCAGGGUCCGACAGGUCUUGUGGAGGAAGACAGCCGAGCAGGGUGACACCACCACUGUUGGCUCCGUUGCUGAAGGCAACCAUUACAAAAUAACGGAACAGUUCAAGGGUCAGGUCAGCCUGAGCCGAACCCUGGGAGACACUGAACUGACGAUAAAGGCUGUCCGAACGGAGGACGAGGCCUGCUACACCUGUGAGUUCCACACGUACCCAGAUGGCACCCGGGCCGCCACCACAUGCCUCUCUGUUUAUGUUUUACCCAAACCAGAGGUGAGCCAGGUGACCUCACCUUCAGGGAUCACUGAGGCCAACUGCACGGCCAAGUCCCGGCCUGCGGCGGAGAUCACGUGGAACGUCGGCAGUGACAACCGAACCCUAGGCCCACCCUUUUCGUCGGCCUACGAACAAGGCGACGGUACAACGAUAGUGACGAGCACGCUACUCUUCCAGUCCGGGCUGUUCAGCGACCUGUCCAUCAAAUGCAUCGUGCACCACCCGGGUUUGAAUAAACCCCUGAUGAUGUCCCUCAACACAAACAUGGGUCCAGCCAUGGUUAUCCUCAUCUCUGUGUGCGGUGUGGCAGCAGUCCUCCUCUUGUGCUUGUGUGUGUGUCUCUGCAAGUGCUUCAUCUGUACGGAUGACUGAUUUGGAGCCUGCCGUCACCGCUGCUUUGAUGAAGGUCCAGCGGAGCUCUGAGCCUGACCUAGCUGCUCAGCACCGUGCCCUUCAGUUCAGUAUGCAGAGGAAGGAGGAAGAGAACAGAGCUGAGCCAACACUGUGCUGAGCUGGGAGGGUACUGCUAGUGUGGACACCAAUUUACUACAAAGUAAACAGAACUAAAACCACAUAUUUAAUGCUAGUUAUUAUACUUACGGUAGAGCACUGGAGAUGAUUGUUGAUGAAACCCUUUUAUAAAAGAUAGCAAGGCUGAGAGAUGCAGAAGUAGAUGUGGCAAAAUGGAGCUCCAGUGGUGAGAUUAAACCGUGCGUCCUCUCUUAAGAAGUCGUUGUAGUGUGUGUGCGUGUGUGUGUUUGUAUGUGUGUUUUAGUUAUUCUCUGAUGUCAGACAAAUGGUGUGAUAAGUUAUAUAUUUUUUCAGCUUUCAGUAGCUAUAUGAUUGCAUGGAGUGUCGUGAAAAUUUACAGUUGCGGUCAGAAGUUUACAAACACUCAUCAUGGGUAUGAAUGUCAUGGCAAUUUGGGAAUUUUAAUGACUUCUUUGAACUUUACUUUUUCCAGGAUGGAAUGAUUGUACAAUAUGAAACAUUAAUGACUUUAAAAAACAAGAGUUGAGUGAACAAGUUUGAAAUGAUUUUGGAUUUUCUAUAAUCCACACAGGGUCCAAAUUACACAUAAAGGCUGAAACACCACACUAACAUUUGGUUAAAUGUCCUUUAGCAGGUUGUACUUUAGCCAGAUGUGUUUGGUAGUCAUUAAGAAGCAAAAACCGCUCUUCUUGCCACAAUUUGUAGACUUCAUUUAAGUUGGUUGGUUAGCUGACACAGACCUGGCUUUAAAGUUUUGUUCACAAAUUUUCUGUAUGGUUGAGGUUUGAGAAGACCAUUCCAGCAGCUUCAUGUCAGCCCAUUUAUCCUUUCCAAAACCAGUUUUGAUGUGUGUUUCAUCCUGUUGGAACACUCAGUUGUGUUUCAACCAACUAGAUGUUGAUUUGAGGUGAAGUUGCAGAAUUUGGAGGUAGUCGUCCUCAUUCAUUAUUCCAUUUACUCUGCGCAAUGCACCAGUACCACUGGCUGCAAAACAGUCUCCAUGCCUUGUGUCAUUGUGGCUAGACAGCUCAAUCUUUGUCUCAUAUGACCAUGAAACUUUUCUCCAGAAGGCAUUUGUUCCAUGUGGGCUGCUGCAAAUUUUAGUCGAGCCUGAAGGUGUCAAUUUUGGAGCAGAGUUGGCAUCUUAGUCCAUGGUGAUGUAAAACUGGCCUCACGUUGGACACUGAUGCUGGUGUUCCAGUAGUUUCCAGCUCAUGUCAGGCUUGAGCCUCGAUGUUCCUGAACAUUCUAAGCAAAUUCCUCAAAUCUGAUGGUGACACUUUUGGUCUUUUUCCAGAUCUUGGCAAAGUGGUGACACAUCUAAUACCUUGUACUUACUUGUUUGAACAGGAUGGAAUCUGCAGUUGUUUAAAAAUGGCUUCAAGAGACCUUCCCAACUUGUAGAAAUCUACAAUUCUCCAACUUAGAACUUCUCAAUUUUUACAAUAUUGGUAAAUCCAAUGAGUGCUGUCAAACAAAUCCUUUUUUGCUAGCAAUUGAAACUACCAGUUGUAGUCAAUGAUGAUCACUAGUGAGACGUUAACAGGCUUUUAAAGACAAUGUAAAACCUUUAGCACCACUUAUUCAAAGAUUUAAAUAAGGAAAUGUAUUUAUGUGAGUCUGUAUGCAUAUUUGAGCCUGUGUGGAUCAGAGAAAAUCCAAAAUGAAUUCAAACCUAUGGAAUGCGGUACAAUCAUUCCACCAUGAAAAAACAACAGCUCAAAGAAAUCAUUGUAAGCCCAAAAUUACUAUGACAGUCAUGUCCAUGAUGAGUGUUUGUAAACGUCUGACCACGACUGUAACUACAUUUUUUUAUCAUGUUAGGAACUGACUACUAUCCAUUUCAAAUAUAGUAGUUAAUAACAUAUUUUUAUAUAUAUAUUAUUUUAUAUCUCAUAUUAAACCCUUUUAAAACAUAGAUCAUAGAUCACUAAACUAACAAAAAUGAAGUUGAUGUGAUAUGUAGGUGUCAUCAGAUAUUAACUUUAAAUCUCUUUAGAUUUGGAAGACCAGAGGCAAAAACAAACAUGACACAGAAAACCCGAAACCACCAAAACCGUUUGGACUUUGUGAUUGUGAAAAUACUUUGUUUCAGAACCUUUUAAGGUGGCUGAACAUUUCAAGCCACAUCACUUGCUCUUUGCCUGAUUGCUGUGGGACACCAAUAUCACCACCACGAAGCUGUCGCAUCACCUGACAUCCCUCCAUUUGUGGUUGUGAUGUAGAGAAGAACGAUGGUUAAAACGGCACCAAUCGUGAACUUGCAAGUUAUGGGAAAGCAGAGUGAGGCAAAAAAUCUGACUUUUAGUAAACCGGCCCGUGUGAGUCACCCUGAAGGAUGGUUUGUGGUGGAAAAGAAUGAAAAGUUUAUUUUUAGCUGCUGCCUGCAGGACAGAGACGGGUGGUCGACCUGUAACCUUUGUGUGCUCGGUGGUUAACACCGCCCAAACGAUUUCUGUGCACAUGAAUCCUGAGAAUGUCUGUUUGCAUAACUGUCUGAGAGAUUGAAGGCGUUUGUGUGUCUUUCUACGUGUCUGAGUGAGUAAUCUGAGUUCAAAAGAAACACAGAGUGCAUCUAUGUCUAUGUGUGUGUUUGCAUUUGCUGCCAUUGCUGUACAGUGUUACAAUUUACAGAGUUAAACUGUAGGAAGCACCAGUGUUAGGUUUAUUGGCCUGCGUGGGCAGUUAUUGGUUUAUUUUAGAAACUCAGAGUAUAAUGCUACAGUGAAGUCAUUUAUCUGUGUAUAUAAACACAGUUUGAAGGUUUAAAUAUUAAUAAAUGUCUUUGAUGAUAAGAAACUAACAAGCUGAUUGUGUUGCUUUUACAGUGUUUUUCCUUUUUUUGUAUCAAUAAAUCUGUUAAAUAGUGUCCUGCACUUGUGCUAUGAGAUAAAUCUUAAGCUAAUGUGGCUCAGCACUGGGUUAAAUAAAUAAAAAACUUUAUCUUCUGUCCUUUCGCUGCUUCUUUUAAUUGAUUUUGCUUAAGAAUAUCACAAUAGUAUGAAGUGAUACCCUCAUACUAGCUUGGAUUCUUUUGACAUUGUUUGGCAGUGAUGUAUGGGGACCGUGGGUGUUACAUACUGAAACUCAUUUCCUCCACAGCCCACUGCUGUGACUGUACUGUUUUACUUUCAGAACCUUUGAGUGGUAUAACGGCAUCUCCUUCUUUGGAAAAAAAAAAAGAAAGAAUAAAUCUGUGACUAACCAAUGCAAAUAUUUUAAGAUUAAAAUAGCUUUAACCAGUUUGACAUUUGUUGUUUCAAAUAUUAUUUAAAUGACUCACUUGUGAGUCAAGUUUCACACCAAAAAAACCUGAAAGCGUGCAGUGACUUAAACCUUACAGUUUGUAUGCUUUUAAACUUGUUUCAUUUUUAAUUCAAUUACCACGUAUAAACUAACAUCAUUAGAAACACCUUUGGUUUCCUAUUAUUUUGUUUCAAAACGGCUGCUAUGAAAUAGGUGCAUCCAUCCACUUUCCUCUCUAUGCAGUCUGGGAGACAAACAACCAUACGCUGUCUUAUUAGAAUCACCAAAUAACCUAAACAAGCAUUUCUUUGGGCCUGGGAAGGAACGUAGAGCAGCUGAAGGAGCGUCGCCAUGCUGUUGUUUAAGUACAAAUCAGGAAUUACAACACAAUGGAUGCCUAAAAUAAUCACACUAUUUUCAACAUCUACAGUCUUUUUCAUAAGACUAUGCAGUCCUGGGAAAAGCUAAGUAGACAGCAUGAUUCAGUAGUCUGUGGAACCACCUUAAGCAACAACAACUUGAAUUGGUGUGUUUGGCUUUUUCUGUCUCUCGUAUCAUUAUGGAGGAAUUUUUGCCCAGUCUUCUGUACAACGUUGCUUCAGUUCAUUCACAUUUGCAGGCAUUUGUUUAUGCACGGUUGUCUUAAGGCCUUAAAGGUCUCUUUGACUGGGUCAUUGUAGCACCUUGAUUCUUUUCUUUUUCAGCCAUUCUGAUUUAGAUUUGCUGCUGUGCUUAGGAUCAUUUUCCUGGCUGUGCCAGGCUUUAGCUCUCAGACAGACACUUUGGUCUACAGAGGAGGUCAGCUCAGGGUGCCCAAGUCCUGUGGCAGCAGGAAUAACCCCAAAUCAUCACCUCUCCACCACCGUGCUGGGGGUGUUUGUGCCGAUAGUUUGAUUUUUGCAAACUUGGAGCUAUGCAUUAUAACAAAACAUCUGUACUUUGCUCUCAUUUGUCCAAAGGACAUUGUUCCAGAUGUCUCGUGGUUCUUUCAGAUGCAACUUUGCAAACCUAAACCAUGCUGCCAUGUCCUUUUUAGUGAGAAGAGGCACUGUCCCAGAAACCCCUCCAAUCAAGCCAUACAUGUUCAGUCUUCUUCCUGAACUUUGUUGAGCAUUUAGCCUGCUAACUGAGGCCUGAGGCAUAGCUCUUAGAUUUUUUCUGUUUCAAUCUGAGGUAAGGGGAAUUUUAGAGUCAUCCAUGUAAAAACUGUGGCAUAAUUUGCAAAAAAUGCUCCAGAUCUUCUGUUUUUAUAGAGGUGCUCAUACUUAAUUAGCUGAUCAGUUAAUCAAAUACAUUUGAUUACCAGCACAUCACUGCUACUUGCCCUCUUAAUUCCAGUGGAAGCAGUAAGGAUGUACUCAGUUUUUCACAGGACUACAUAAAUUGUUAUUAUUAUUAAAACUGUCUUUACAUGUGACUUGCGUAUGUUAUGAAAACAAAAACAAUGUCUUCUGCUAAUUUUUCUGUUUUUUUCUCGGUUUUUUUCUUGUCUUUUUCCAAAACUGUUUUUAUCUUCUUUUUUUGUUUGUUUGUGUUUUUGGUUUAUUUAUGUUUCUUCCUGAGGUGAAGCAUAACCAUUUUUGUUUAGUUUCCACUGGUUUCCACAGUAACAAUGACAGGAAAAAAAUUCCAAGUAGCUCUCUAUAUAUUUUCAGUGUUAUCAGUGACCCUGCUGUUAUUAAAGCAAAUAAUUUGACUGAAAACAUUGACUGUUAAACCAAACAAGAUUGUUAUACAGGCUUAUCUGGCGGAAACAAUGUCCUUUUGUUGUAUAUUUUACAAUAAAAGCACUGGACCACUAA